GGAUGAUUUAGCUGGGAAUUGGUCCUGCUUUGAGCAGGGGGUUGGACUAGAUGACCUCUUGAGGUCCCUUCCAACUCUGAUAUUCUAUGAUUCAACACAUCUCCCUUCCCCUAUUAGGCUGCGGCCAGUGGCCCCCGGGUUGGUGUGCUAUCGACAGUUCAAGUCUACCAAUCACACCUGGCCCGCUGGAAAUAACACCUGUCAGUAUUAUUUAUCCCCUGACAAUGACGCUUCCAUCCCUGUCUAUGUUAACGGCAAAUCCGACUCUACCGCCCGGUUCGUACCAUUUAGUGACACCCAAACAAGUAGGUGAAGUAGCGGUUAUAAUGGCUUGGUAGGGAAUGGCCACUCCUUUUACAUUUGCGGUACCUCUGCCUGUAAGUGGCUACCGCAUCAGUGGUAUGGAAGCUGCUAUCUAGGAUAUCUUGCCCCUCCCCUUCGUGUCCUCCCUAAACUGCCCCCUGGCCGCCCCAGACAGCGUAGAUCUUUGUAUGCCAUCCCAGAGCCCAUUACGGAAGGAGACAGGUUGGGUAUGAUCCUCCUCCCAUCCUAUGGGGUGGGACGGCUGGCUCAAUUUUAUCGUAGGCUCUCUAUGUUUCUCACCAAGUUCACCAAUUAAAUCUUGGCCAUAGAGAAAAGCCUUAACUCAGAACUUUACCAGCUCUGGUUCCUGUCCCUGCAAAACAGACAAGCCUUUGAUUAUGUUUUAGCCUCCCAGGGCGGGGUGUGUGCCCUUAUUGGGAGUGAAUGUUAUAUUUAUGUCCCGGAAAACUCACAGGACAUUAACAAGCACAUCCUGUCGGCCGAACAGGCUUUCGAGCAGUGGAAGGCCCAGGAAAGGGAACCCACGGUUUUCGAUUCCCUUUGGAGUUGGUUGCCUGACCUGGGAGGACUGGGGGUGGCCUUGUGCGUCUCCUCCUCACAGGUGUGGUACUGUGCCUGGUCACCCUCCUCCUGAUCGCUUGUUUUAAAAUGCUCCUCCAUAAGCUUUGUGCCCCCCAUUCCCCAAAAGUCCCGACAUGCCCUCUCAGAACCUGAGAUUUCGCUCACCACGGCCUUUCAAAGGAGAUGUUGGUGUUAAUGACGACAGCAAAACAACUUCUGUUGUUUGUUGCUGGAAGGGCCUCACCAGUGUCGUGGUUAUUUUGCCUGCUUUGUAAUUUUGAUUUUCAGGGAUUCAGCCCAUCAGAGCCAUGACCGCUGCCCACGGUGAUCAGAAAAUGUCUCCACCUUGCUACCGUUAAUUGUGGUUAGGUCCCUCACAUGGCGUGUGACUCCAAAUAGGAAUCAAAAGGCAGUCAACAAACAGCUGCUCCCCUUGUACAGGAGUCUAACAAGGGGACAGGGGGGGGUUGUACCAACUCCCCUAAGCUCAGGGCCCCCCAAAACAUCUGUGUCAAUGAAGUGCAAUGGGAGGCAGUGAGGCCAAAGGGAACACAAUGGGUUGGGGGCCGCAUUUCUCUGGUGCCCUUUUCUGUUACAGAUUAUGACUUCGCAGGGAAACAGGAGCUCAGGGACAGAGCUAGCUUGAGAACCAUCUGCAUGUACAUGAGAACAGCCAUACUCGGUCAGACCAAAGGUCCAGCUAGCCCAGUAUCCUGUUUCUGACAGUGGCCAAUGCCCGCCCGAGAGGGAAUGAACAGAACAGGCAAUCAUCAAGUGAGUCAUUCUGUCACCCAAUCCCAGCUUCUGCAGGGAACCUCCCUGCAGCUAAAGGGGAAAGCCGGGGAGAUGAGCACAGGGCAGCACUCCUCUUAGGGAGGAGGCAGCAGGAUGGGGGAAGCUCUUUCCCCUUUACUCCUCACACCUCAACUCCACCGCCCGCACCUGCUCUGCAGGGGGUAUUAGUGCGUGAACCAGAGAAUCGCUGGAAUCCAAGUCGCGCACGCGCGUUUGUCCUUCCCCAACCAGAGGCUAGGGGAAGCGCUCGCGCUCAUUCUUGCACCUUCUCAUCUAGACACUGCCUCACGCCUCUAACCCCCUUCUCGCGCACUAGGGGUCACGUGACUCUUCGUAGGGCUCUCUCCCUCUUCAUGGCCCCGCCCAAGCGCGGCGCGUGGAGGGGGUUGUGUUUUAGCGCGCGCGCUUUUGGAAGCGUUUGCCGCGCGCCGCUGGCCCGUCCCUUGGAGCGGGGAGCCCGGCGCUGGGCAGGAUGCGGAGCCGCGAGGAGGUGGAGGCCACGCUGCAUAUCGCGAAGCUGAACCCGGCGGAGCUGCUGCCGCCCGUGCACUGCCUCAGCUUCGGCCCCCGCGCCAGCGCCGCAGAGUGCUGCCUGCUGCAGCUGGAGCCGGGCCUUUGCGCCGCGCUGGAGGCGGGGCACAGCCUAGUGAUCCGUGGUGAAAAAGAUGAACAAGCUGUGCUGUGCAGUAAAGAUAAAACUUAUGAUAUGAAAAUAGCAGAUACUUCAAAUAUGUUGCUGUUUAUCCCUGGCUGUAAAACUCCAGAACAGCUGCUUGCAGAUCAAGCAUCGUGUAAUAUCAUUCACACCCAGGUUGCUGGUUUCUCCAAUAAUUACUGGGAAUUAAGGAAAUGUCGACCUAAACUAAAGAAACUAAAGAAACUUCUAAUGGAAAAUCCUUAUGAAGGGCCAGACAGUGAGAGAGAGAAAGCUCUGACUGACUCAAAGUAUACAAUGGAAGACUUGCUAGAUCGGAUUCAAGCGAGUGAGGAGGAAAUACUGCAUCAGUUGCAGGUUAUAAAUGCCUGUAAAAUUGAAGGAUAUUGGCGGGUUCUAGAAUUUGAUUAUGAGAUGAAACUUCUGAAUCAUGUGACUCAACUAAUAGAUUCUGAAUCUUGGUCUUUUAGCAAGGUUCCUUUAAGUAUCUGUCUUCAAGAACUUGGACCCCUGGAACCCAAAGAAAUGAUAGAACAUAUUCUUUUAAGUUAUGGAAUGAAAUAUACUGAUGAAGAUGAAGUUUAUUUUGAAAUGAAUGCAGAUAAAAUAUGCACAGCUACAGCACAAAUGCUCUUGCAAAAUGCAGUUAAAUUCAAUCUAGCUGAGUUUCAAGAAGUAUGGCAACAAAGUGUCCCUGAAGGGCUGACGACAAGGCUGGAUCAGCUCAAGGGUUUGGCUCUGUUGGAUAGACACUCAAGACCAGAGACUAUCUUCUUGCUAAAAGUAGAAGAGUUGCCUGAGGAUAACCAGGAAAGGUUCAACAGGCUAUUUACCAUUCGGGAAAAGUGGACAGAAGCAGAUAUUGCCCCAUAUAUUCAAGACUUAUGUGCAGAAAAGCAAACAGUAGCUGCACUUCUGACCAAAUAUGCUCGCUCUUCCAUGCAGAAUGGUGUCAAAGUUUAUAACUCUAGAAGACCCAUCUCAUAACAAGAAACAACCUUAUUUAAGAAUCAAGAAUAUGUCAAGGAAUAACAACUGGUGGUGUUCAUACCAAAAUUAUUUGUAAUUAUGUAGCAAUAUCAACUAAUUUGAAAUGUCACUGUUGUGAAAGAUCUGUCAGCUUAAAAAAAAAAGUACAGUACUGUACACCAAAGACAGUGGAAUUCUUUAUUAUUUUAGAUCUUUGUGGAAAUAAUUACUGUACCAAAAUCUAAAAACACACAUUGCUGGAAUCUAGUUUCCACCAUUUAACCAGAAAGACUUACAAAUUUGUUUAUAUUGAACUGAAAUUUGUAGUUUGUCUUAAAAAUCUAGAAGCAAAAUAAACUCUAUCCUUACUUUACUUGCCCUUCGUUUGUGCAAAUAUUUGCACACACUUUUUUCUUAAGUCUGCUGAUACGUUAGUGAAGUCCAAUAGAAAAUUACAGAGAAGACUAUUGCUUCUACACAGCAGUCGUUUCCCCCACCCCAUUUAUCUUGUAAAAGCAGUCUACGUCCAGUGACAGUACUGAAUAUAGUAUUUCAAAAACAAAGUGGAAUGCUUGGUUUGUUUGCUAUAACAACUGAACUGUCAGAGCGUAUUAGUUACCAACAAGCAAUAUUAGUGUUUUGAGCUGUGUGUGUAAAAUGAGAAGUUUGGCCUUAUAGGUGAAUUACUCAUUUCCACUGUGGGCUACAAGUCAGGCCUUUGGAAGGUGGUCCUUCUGGUUCGUGUCUUUGAAUGUGGAUAACAUGAAACAGAAUUAUGAGGCACUUAAUGUUCUGGGUUCUUGACAAUUUAAUAGUAUUGGCAAAAUUGCCUUAAGUUACAUAAUGCUAAGAGGAUGCCUCAAAUUACUCAGACGUCUUAUGGACUCAGCAACUUUUUCUGUAACCUGCCCUUCACCACUGGAAUAUUGUCAACCUAAAAUUAAUAUACCAGAAGGCUUACAUUUUUAAAAGUGGUAAAUUAAACUGUUUGUAGUAGUAUACUGCACAUCUAGCAUACGAGAACCCUAAAAAAAGUUUCUGCAACAUUUCCACCCAAAUGUAAAUAUUUUUGAAAUGUAGAGCUGUGAAGCACAUACUCUUUGUAAUGUUGCCAAAUUAAAUUUUGUAAAGGCUUUUUAUAA